UGUGGUUCUGUGGAGUAUUGAGAGAAAAACAGCCUCCCACCAGUUAACACAAACACACGUACAGUAUAUCAUUCUGUGAGCUACAAGGUGGAGGCUGUGUAACAGGUGUGUGUGUUGUAAUGCUUUAUGACCCAGACAUCAGUGUGAGUAAUCUGUCCUCCUCCAUCAGAUUCUAAAAGAUAAGCCAUACCAGGAACAAAAGAGAUGUUCAGUUCAAAUGGAAGAUGGAGAUAAAUGGAAACGGUCUUAUCUUUGUGAAGAGCAAUUUGAGUUUAAGACUUUGAAAGUGAGGACAUUUUCUAAAGAUGUAGUUUCAUCAAUGCCAACAACUUAAAACUGGCCGAAGCUGAAACGAAACCCCAGCUGACUUGAUUUCUCUUACUUUGGUUUCUCUGAAAAGCCUGAGGCACAACUGGCAUAUCUUGUUUUGAUUUUUAUGUUACUAUCACAAUAUUCCUCAGUUGUUUAUAUGGCUCUCAAAAUACAUUACUGACGCCACUGAAAAUAGCUGUAAGGUAUUAUUAUGUAACAGUAGCCUGUUGGGAAUAUACAUUAUGAGUUCACUUAAUUUUAAUUUCAUUGAUGUGUUUGCUGUUUAGAAACGCAGGUACAUCCAAUUGUUGAUUCUGUAUUUACAUUUCUAUAAGGAGAUAUGCAUCACUACAUUCACCUUCCAACCCCAUAAUGUGCCUUCUCCAAUCAUCUUUAGUGCUGCGGUUAGCAUUAUUUCUGUCCCCUGUUGUCUGGACUCGGAGCGCUGUGUGUUCUUUGGCUGCUAAUCCUUUUAAUGCCAAGUUUCACUCCACAUUACUCAAACCUGCUGCUCACACACACAUCACACACACUUAUGUAACUUGGAUCUUGUGUGUGUAUGUGAGAGAGAGAGAGAGAGAGGGGGAGAGUUGGGACCCGUUCUGAAACAAGUUACUUUUCCUGUCAGUGGGUACUGAAGUGUCUUGAUAAACAAUGCAGAUGUUAUUUUCUGAGCAACUUGCCACAGAUAGCAUUUAGCAGCAGAAGCAGAAGGUCUACCUGCUACAACUGAGAUGUCAUUGUUUCAUUUCUUUAGUCUUCAGUAAUUUAUAAGGAUGUUUGAGGACCACACCUGUGUUUGUUUGUGCAUGUUAAGCCCAUUUGCUAGAUGUGAUUUGCACAGCUUCCCUGUGUUUAUGUGCAGAAUCAUCAGUGGUGCUUUAGGUUGGCCAGAUAUUCCAGUAGAUCUACUAUGGUGUGAAGUGUGAAGAGAGGAUACGUUUCCUUCCAUCAUGUAUCCUACAGCUUGCUGUUUGUUUAUUGUAACAAUGCACAACCAGAUAUUGCACAUUUUUAACAUUUCUGCAUUUUUAUUGCAGAAAAGCUGACAUUUCCCAUCUGCACAAAUCUGACCUGAUAAUUUGCUAAAUUUAGUGGAAAUGUCAAUCAUAAUAUCAGGUUUGAGAAUCAAAUGAAAUGUGCUAUCUGUUGAAACACAGUGCAAAAAAGAAACAAAAAUCAGUCAAACCAUAUGUAUUUAUCUAUUUAAGACAAAUAUUUAUUUGACUUUUUAUCUGUUCCUUGCUCUCCCUCCGUCCUCUUUGAGACAGCACUAAUGCUGAGGCUGUGGAUCUAGGCCAUUCUAGCUCUUGUGUCUCUGGCUGACUCUCUCUCCUUCCUUCCGUGUGUGUGUGUGUGUAAGAGUUAGUAUAGAGUGAGGACUAAGGACUUGCUGCUGUCAGCCCAAAUGCUCCAAUAGCACCUCUCUCUUACGUAUGGAGGCCAAAAUGGCCACUCAUCAUUCCUCCCUGCUUCUCUGACUGACUCACUCAGUAGCUCUCUGUCAUUCUCCAUAGUCAGGGUGUGACUAUGGAAAACCACUGCCAGGGCUUACUGGUAAAGUCUGUGUGCGCUUUCCACUAUCAAACUACAGCUCAGCCAAAAGCCUUUACAAUUCAACAAUUCAAUAGGCCUCUUUUUUUUCCUUUUUUUUUUUUCAUCGCUGGGACAUGCCAGGCCCCUUUUAUGAACUUUUAGAGAUUUAAUUUCCCCCGAAACACAGCAGAUAUAAGUGCAGUUCCACUUCCUGUGAGUAACACAUGUUUUGCCAAAAAACAGAAAUUAAGCCAGAAACAAAACAGGCAUACAUAUAGCCCUUCUCUCAUCGUUAUCAAAAGGAAACCAUAGUGGAUAGUUAGUACUAUUAAUGCAGCAGUGUUGAGUCUUUGCAUAGAACCAGCAAUGAAGCAUGUUUAUUUCAGUCAUGCAGAUAAAGAGCUUUAUAAAGCAGUGCUUGUAUACAUUACCAUGGAAAUAAACCAUUGUGUCAUGCUUUUGGCUCAUGUACUGAACUGUACUUUUCUGGUUAGAUUGCCUUUCUUUUGUGUGAUUUCAUCAUUUGUUUGCAAUGGUAGCUGAAGUGCAUUCAUAUUUUUACUUUUAGUAGACAGCCUGCAUCAAUAAAUGGGCCUGCUCAUGGUUGCAUACAUUAACUCAUGUAUUCAGUUUGUAUUUCUGUGUGUAUUAUGUGCAUGUGUGUGUGCACAUUUCUAAUGUUGACUACCAUUGUUGAUUUUCUUUUUUCUUUUCUUUUUUUUGUAGCUUCACAAAGCCAGACUACAUUUUAUGAGUCAAGUUUUAGCGCAGGUUUAAGUCUGAAAAGCAUCCACUGAGAAUCAUUAAUCAUUGGAGGCUGGUUAGAUAUGCAUUGAACCAGCAAACCAGUGUUUAGAUGGCGACUUGCUACUUAUUGAAAGUCCUGAACAAUUGUCAAAGUUAGUCAUUGUAGAUAUAAAAUCAAGCAUGAUGCUGCAACUGCAUGGCAUGUUUUACAGCUCAAAUAUAUUCAAAAGCUGAUUUAGGUGGAAAGUUGGAUGGAAAUUUAUCAAUAUUUCAAGUUUUUCAGAUUUUCAAAAUCAGACACAAAGACUAAUGUGUUUGUUUGUGCACUUGGCUGUUAGAACAGUUAAUGUUGAUGUGAAGAUGAGACCUGUCUGCUGAAGUGGUGUUGUGGUAUAGUGGAUCUUUUUACCGCCAUUUAGGGUGGACAGGUACAUGUAAUCAGUGUAUCUAGUUACUAGCGAGUGUGUAGUGUGGCAGUAAUCAUGCUGCUGUUGGCUCAUGCCCAAAUCACUUUUGGUGACCUUAGCCUGCUGUCCAGUAGCCUAAUGCUUUUCCUGAACAUCAUGCAGUGCUAUACUGUACAUUUGACAUCAAAUAAACUAAUGUUAUGAUUAAAAUGAUACAAUGUUUGUAGCCUAAGCUGCUUGGGAAAGGCUCUAUUUCAUGUCUCAUGGCAUUGCAACGUUUGCCCUAGUCCAAGAGGUGGUUAUGUCCAUCCACUUAUCAUGUAUUCUCACUGCAGGUAUGUUAGACCAACAGAACACCACAUAGGGAAUACUGAGCCUUUAGAAUUAAAAAAAAAAAAAAAAAAAAAAAAAAAAAAAAAAUUCCAAUAUUUUUAGUUGAUAAAACAAACAAUGCUUUUCUUAACAAAGGUGUCAAAGUAUGAUUCAGUUCAGUUUCAAACCUGUUAUAAGGUUGAUUAGCUAAACUGAAGUGUUGUAAAUCAGGCUGCUGUAGGACUGUAUGACCCAACCAGAAGUCAUGCGAUACUGAUUCACCGCAGCACACAGAGUGAGUUAGGACAAGUGAAAUCCCCCGCAUUGUGCAUAUCCUUCACCUGUUGUUUCUUGGCCGGCCGUCUCUAAGCCGGCGGAGGUUCUGUGAGUGCAUGUUGUGUUUUCUGUCUGUGGAGGCACUAAGCCAUCUUAAGGCAGCCUUUCAAUGAGACAUGACAAGAUAAGACCCCGAAGCACAGGGUCUCUUGUCUGUCACGCAGAGGGCUGGCAUAGAAAACUACUACAACAACAUCACGAUUCAUUUUGAAACAAGUGUCUCUCUCUGACCUCUCAGUGAUUCUGACAACUUUCAUGUGACAAUGAAAAUAUUAUUGAGAAAAGUCUUAUUGGUAAUCUCUGUCAUCUGUACUGUCAAGUCCCCUCAUACAUCACAUCCAAACUAGACAUAUAUAUUGCAUGUUCAGUGCAUCAGUGUGCUUAUAAAACUGCAUGAUUCUAAAAAGACACAUAAUUGUAUGUUGGUCAGUAAAAAGACUUUGAUUCAUAGUAUUUGGGACAGUAGGAGACGAUACAGAGAUUUAUUGAUGCUUGAGGCUCAAAGUUUUAUUUUACAUCUAUGGCUAUAAAAGGCAGGGGACUUAUAGUACAGGAGUGGGAAAUCACCAGGCCACAUGAUAAUCUCUGUUGAUGGUUUAUGUAACUCCCAGUAUCACAUGAUCACGCGUCACCACCCGCCCAGCUACUGUCUGUACUCAGUUAUUCACUCACUAGUCAGCCAUUCAACCACAAAUGGAUGACAUAGACAGAGGAAAAAUGAGGAGCACACACAUACACUAUCAUCAUAACCUUGCAUGCUGCCUUUGAUUCCCUGUGCAGCUGCACUCACUAAUGCAUCUAUAGGGCACGACCCAUAUCUGUUCACCAAAUUUAAGAAGGACGAGGGGUGUCAGAAAACAAUCAACAAAGAAGCUCGGGACGUACUGCUCUGUUACUUUGGAGUGUAUAUGAUCCUGCUGACGGACGGCUCCAUGAGAGUGCGAGGAGUACAAGUGCAAGGCCAUGACGAGAUGGCAAUGAAGCUUUUGUUCUGGGAGCUUGAGCAGCAUCUCGAAAGUUCGUCAGGAGCCAGCGUUGUGGCCAUAGACAACAAGAUCGAACAAGCAAUGGAUCUGGUGAAGAGUCACCUGAUGUACGCCGUGCGUGAGGAGGUGGAGGUCCUGAAGGAGCAGAUCAAGGAGCUGAUCGAGCGUAACUCCCAGUUGGAGCAGGAGAACACCCUGCUGAAGACACUGGCCAGCCCAGAGCAAAUGGCCCAGUUCCAGGCCCAGGUUCAGACCGGCUCCCCGCCUGCCCCUCCAACAGCUGCCACACCGGGACCCCCAAGCACCGCCACCCUCACCCAGUCCACCUCGCACAGCUCUGGCCCUUCGGCGUAGCCCAGUCUGCACAGACAGACAGACAGACAGACAGUUUUUUGAGUUCUGCUACAGCAGCAGAGCUAAACCUUGCCUUCUAUAGCAGAAGGUUACGCUGUUAGGACAAGAAUUUGCACAUAUUUAUCUCUCAGAAGGAUGCAGCCAGCGGGACGAGCGGUGCAGUGCUGUACAGCAAAGCAAGAGGUGACAAUCUUGACAUACUGUAUUUGGUGUCAGAGGAGGAUUAAAUCAUCGAACAUUUGCCAAAUAACCCUUGGACAUAUCAACUAGAAUGUCUUACCAAGAAGAAACAAAACAGCUUAUCAGUGGCGGCAAUAUACCUAACUAUAGAUAAAAAAAUCACUGUGCCUGUGUCUGGAUUUUAAGUGAUGUCGAUUUUACUGAUGAUGGCUAUGGAAGAGUAGGGGGUGGAGGAUUGUAUUGGUUGUUACCUUUUUUUGCUGAAUGAUGUAAAUAAAAGCGGUUCUCUCUCAAGGCUAGAUCCUAAAGUUACAGGUUGAGAGAUUUGAGAGAGAGAGUAAAAAAAAAAAAGCCUUCUCAGUGACAAAUGAAGAAUGUGAGCAAUUAUUAUCAUGACAAAGUCCCCAUCUGGAAUGGGGGAGUCGGGGGAGGGGGUGGGAGGGUCUUUUGAACAACACUUGGCAGAAUUGAUGACGUUACUUAAACUGGGUUGGUGGGAUAAACAACAACGUGGUUUCUUAUGGAGAUGAUGAUAUUCUAUUUCAGUAUUUCACUUUCAAGCUCCUCAUUUUGCCCUUGACGAAGCUCAUCAUUGCUGUUUUCUCAACCCUGCAGUGGCAUGUAAUUUAAACCUUAAUUGACAGGGUUGAGACGUUGGGCUAAGCUGCAUUUUCUCUUUUCCUAAAAGUUUGAUGGGCAGAAGAUGAUGUAUAUUUCUGUAUAGUGUAAGUACCAUGUAAAAUAGUGAGGGGAAGGAGAAAAACAACAGAUGCUAUCUUGGUCACACAGAUUGAAGCAAGGAACGUGCUGGUCUUGCCCAGUCUGUGUCGUCUAUUUUUAAUGCUGUAUUUUCAAGACUGUGGAUCGACAGGAGUUUAGGUUAUUUAACUGACAACACACAGCCAACAAUGUCCAUAGCCCUUACUAUACCAUUAACUCUUACUGUAAAACCAUUUUCACUUGGCUCUUUUUCUUUCUGGAGUAUUGCACCUGUAUGAUUUUUUUUUUCUUAUUUUUUGACAGUGAAGUACUUCUGGAUGAACAAUAUCUUAAAACAAACAAAAAAAAUCCACACAAAUACAAACUCUGGAGCUGUUUUUUUCUUUUUCAUUCUGUGUAUCAGUUGUAUGCUCAUGUUCUGUGCAUGUUUCUGCAAAGACCAGAUGAGAUAUUGUAACAUAACAUACCACAAUUGCACUUGAUAGCUGCACUUCACAACUUUCAAUAAACAUGCUUAAGGAAGAAUAAA